GCUACAAAACUUCUUGAAAUGGCGGAAGCAAAAGAGAAAUCCGGAGGCGGAUUUUUCUCUAAAUCCGUCCAAAAACGUGCAAGUAGGGCAAAGGAAAAGUUGAUGCAAAAUCUUGGCAAAGCUGACAAGACAAAAGAUGAGAAAUUUGAGAUUUAUGUGAAUAACUUCAGUAAGCAGCAGGCGGCAGCAGGAAAACUUCACAAGGAAGUGAAGAAAUACAUGCAAGCAUUAAAAGUGCUGGAAGGAGCGAGCAAGUCCCUGGACGAGACAUUGGCGGAGGUUCACGAGCCGGAGUGGGUGGACCACGGCACGCUCGCCUACGCCUGCCAGAGCAACUCCUUCCUGUGGGAGUCCUACCAGAGCAGUCUGAACGACCUCGUGCUCGAGCCGCUCACUAAGUACCAGAGCAUGUUCGCCGAGACGCGGCUCAAGAUUGACAAGCGAGAGAGAAAGAGACUGGACUAUGACAACGCGAGGCACAAUUACGAUGCUACCCAGGCGUCAAAGAAGCGAGAUGAAACGAAAAUGCAAAAAACAGCGGCGCAGCUCACCGAUGCCAAGGUGAUGUAUGAUGAAAUCAACACUGAAUUGCACGACUUCCUGCCAUCGUUGUUUGAGAGUCGUAUGCGUUCCUGUGUGGAGCUCUAUCAAGCUAUUUACAAAUCGGAGCACCAUUUCCAUGAUAGCAUCGCCCAGACAAGUGAGCAGCUGUACAAUGCGAUGGAGAAACUGGCAGCCGAGAGCUCGCAAGGCUCUUACUCACCGAAACGCCUUCAACCGCAAAGUUCCUCCUACGUGCCUGCGUCUCCACUUGGAGUGGAUUUAAGCAUGACAAACAAGUCCUCACACACAGAUAAGUCGGACAUGAAUGGACCACCGGACGAUGAACAGGCCUCGCUGCCAGAUGACGACGAGCUUGGAGGCUCAUCGAAGCGAGAGAGCCUCGUUGAGUCCGUCACGGCCGCACUGGCCGCCACCAAUGGGGCGCCACUUGACAUUACGGUAGAGAAAAAUGUUAACAAAGAUGAGGAGAGAGAGAAGAAAGCAGCAGAGAAGCAGCGGGAAAAGGAAAAGGAGAAAGAGAGAGAAAGGGAGAAGCGUAAGGAGAAGGAACGAGUCAAGGAGGAGGAAAAAAGAAAGACGAGAGAGAAAGAACAACAGUUGGAAAUGGAGGCAGAGCGAACGAGGCAGAUAGAGAAAGAGAGGGAGGAAGAGCGAAAAAGAGAGAGGGACGAAGAGCAAAAGAGGGAGAGGGAGAAGGAAAUUGAAAAGGAAAAUGCAAACGCAAAAGAUGUUCAGGCGUCUAAGGAAAAGAUAGACGCUGAUAAAGAUGUACAGGACGAGAACGUGGUUGCUGCGGCGGCGGACACUGAUGCUGAUGCGCCACCUGGUGGCUACCUGUACAAGGUCCACGCCACGCAUACUUACACGGGAGAGGACGAAGACGAGCUGACGUUUGAAGCCGGCGAGACUGUUUACGUAGUGGAUCAUGAUGAUCCGGAGGAGCAGGAUGAUGGAUGGCUGAUGGGAAUCAACAAAUCUAACUGCAGGAAAGGCGUCUUUCCGGAGAAUUUCACCAAGCGGAUUUAGGUAUAUUCGCGUGAAAGAUGGUGCCACCAUUGGUCUCAAUUGCGAAUAUAGCGUGUGCUUGACGCUAAAAGUGACAGGACAGCAUUUGUACGUGCAGAGUGCAUUUUGUAGGUCACACCGCAGAGCUGUGUCCACACUUGAUCGUUUAAUCGGUGUGUCUUGUUGGGUAGAAGGUGAUACUAAAAUGCUUCCCCUGCCGAGUGUGCCUUGUCAAGUUUUGUUGACAUUCCUUGAUGCAAGAUCGUGGGUAUUUUAUAUAUCUUUAUAUAAAUUCUAUACAUAUGUAAUCAUUUUGAAAAGAAAAGAAAGGAAAAGUUGGUAUAAUAUAACGAGUGCAUAGCCGAUAUGUCUAUUAUCAUGAUGAUUUGUCUAUAUAUCUCUAAAUGAUUAGUAACAUGGAGUGAGGUGUAAUAUAUUUGUGAGCAUCAUUGCACCCAAAUCAACAUCACCCACAUUAGAGCAAUAGCAUCAGAACUAGAUAAUAGGGAAGGAGUGUGACUUCAAUAAACAAGGGAAAUUCGUCAUUUACUAGCCUUAGAAUACCUACGAUU